AUGGCCCACCUAUUUCCCACACUCCUGAUCGCCCUCAUUCUCCUCUCAUCAUCACCGCAAAUCUCUGGAUCGCCAUCCGAAUGCGAUGUGGGGCCCGCCAACGGGUGCCACGACAAGCCCGCCGCUCUACGCCUGAAGAUCAUCGCCAUAUGUGCAAUCCUGGUCACUAGCAUGAUAGGUGUGUGCCUGCCACUCAUCACACGCUCAAUCCCAGCUGUUCAUCCAGAUAGGAACUUGUUCUCUGUGGUCAAGGCGUUCGCGUCGGGCGUAUUCCUGGCCACUAGGUACAUGCACGUGAUGCCUGACUCGUUUGAUGACCUGAGAUCCGAUUGCUUACCCGAGAACCCGCAGAGGAAGUUCCCGUUCACGACGUUCGUGGCUAUGUUGUCGGCUGUCAUCACGUUGAUGGUGGAUUCCUUCGCAAUGAGUUUCUACAGGAAGCGUAAUUCAGGUCUUGCCGUGUACACGGACCCGUCUAGGGAUCCGGAGAUGGUGGGCCAUGUCCAUGCUCACUAUCAUAAGGAAGAUAAACAGUCACUGUUGCUGCGGUACGGCCUCGUCGCUCAGGUUCGGAUCAUCUUCUAA